UGCCUCAAGUGGCAAAAGGGGCGGGACGAUUGGUUGAGGCUCUGCUUUCUUGGCGGCGGCUAAACAAAUUUUGAUAAAUACUGAAUAUAAGUUGUAGACGUCAGUUGGUAGAUAGUUAUCGUCUUAUUUUUACACACAGUCGUUUAUAUUAUGGGCUUUGGAGAUUCACUGCAUCGCUUUGUGUUGAUGCGCUAACGUGCACUGAAGAGCCAUGAGCCACAGAUGAACAAAAACCUGUCACGACAUUGGUGGCACAACCCAUACAGUAACCAUGUAGCUGGCUGCUGUGGUGUACACACGACAACCCAGUCUGGAACGUUGCAGUCGUAACGUUAUCGGAAAACUAUCAAGACCCAAGAGAAAAGUUCACACAACAAAUGAAUGAACCAGGAACUAUGUCACACGAGAAGAUGGAGUUGGAUCUAGAAAUACCAACCGCCCUUGUCUCAGGCGACGGCCAUCUGAGGAGGUCCAAUAGUGCUCCAAUGAUCAACGGGCUGAGUGACACUGCACAGGUGUUUCAGAGGGAGAACCUUCGGAGUCGGAGAAACAGCACCACGGUUGUCAACCGUCCCAACGUGAUACCCUCCUCACCCAUCCGUGUUCCAAGUACCAGACUGUACCAGAUUAAACAGGAGGAAGGAGUCGAUGUCAUGAACAGAGAGACAGCACAUGAACGGGAGGUGCAGACAGCCAUGCAGAUGAGUCAAUCUUGGGAAGAGAGCUUGAGUCUGAGUGAUAACGACUUUGAGAAGUCUUCAUCGUCGUCUCCGAAGCGGAUCGACUUUGUGCCCGUGUCGCCUGCUCCAUCCCCUACAAGAGGGAUUCUGAAGAAGCAAUGUUUCUCUCCAUCGCUCCAAAUCCUGGUGAGCAGUAACGGCCUGACGCCCAGCCCCAUCCCCAGUCCCACUCGCCGCCUGCAGACCGUGCGAAGAAGCCAGAGUCCCAUCAACUGCAUCCGGCCCAGUAUCCUUGGUUCACUCAAGCGCAAAGGUGAAAUGGACACAGAGAGCCCACCGAAGCGUCUCUUCCAGGGCACUACCACCAUGCUAUCCACAGAGGUGUCCAGUCUGCCAGAACUGGGCUCAUGUUCUCUAUCAUCAGACCUGUUGGAUGGCAGUUUGAGCAGCGUGGGCUCGUCGUCUGGCUCCCCGGCCAAGAUGGAGGGAGUCUCCCCCUCCCCCGGCGGCUCUCCUUUCACCCCCGUGCAGGACCUCUCCCCCAAGUGAACACCGCCCUCCACCUCCCCCUCCCCACACCAGCAGCAGGAACGCGGACAGGCAGGCAGCACCGGGUGGUAGGGUUGGAGGUUAGCUGCUGGGCAGCCAGAGAGGAGAUCCAUCCUCCACCCACACACACACACACACACACACACACUCACACACACACACACACAACUUCUCCAGUACCAACCCCUGAUGAGUGGCCCCUCCCCUCUCCCCAAGCUUCACCUCUUCUUUGCCCCUCACCAAGAUCUAAAGAUCAGUUCCCCCCUCCUGUUCCUCCCUUCAAGCCUGAAAACUUUAUAAAUGGUGGAGAAUGGUAUGGAUUCCUUUUUUUUCUCCUUUGGAUUUUUUUUCUUAAGUACAAAGGACUUCUUGAAAAGAGGAAUGAAAUGGAAUGGAAGGGGAAUUGGGUGCAUUGGGGGAGGUGUGUGUGUGUGUGUGUUUGUGUUUGGGGGUGUACACGUCCACAGCUGGGAGAUCUACAUGGAUGGCUGUCCUGCUCCCCUGACGGCUGCUACAGUGUGGGGAUGUAACAGGGUGCAAGUGCAAGCAACUUCUUCCUCACGUCCUUCCUUGUAUUGAAUAAGGUUUUAUUCAAUAUCUUGCAAAAACAGAUUUCAAAUGUCAUUCUCUCAUUUCGAGAUGUUGAAUGGAGGAAAGCUCCUCAAAUGUCACUCUGCACUUGUUGACAAUGGAGAACCUUAAUUGUUUUCUCCACAGAGGUGGGGCAACACCAAGGCAAGGAGGACUGGAGGAGCAGGAAAGGACGGGAGAAAGAAGUUUGAUUCGCACACCUGAAUGUUUGAUGCUAAGGCCUGUCCUAGGAGGUAAAGAUCAGGGGUCCCCCAUAGGCAUCCUUUCACUCUACUGGUGGAGGAGAGGACUUGAGUGAGAGGUAUCAAGUGGGCAUACACAACGAUGCAACAUCGGUCUGUGAAAGAAGUCCUGACUAAAACUAAAGCGUGUACAGAUUUGUUUUCUAUGUUUUAGGAUAAGAAAGAGAAGAGAGAUUGUAAAAAAGAGAGAGAAAUCCCUCUUUGGCAAUUAAAAAAAAAAUCCUCAAGGUCAGUCUUUGGACAUGCACAAGUCGCCCCAAGCAUAAAUAUGAGAUGUUGUUUGAAAAGAAAAAAAGGAAAUGGAAAAAAAAGUUAACUUAUUUUUCAUGGCUUCAAUUUUGUUUGUUGUUUUUUUGCUUUUUUCUGGUUUUGUAAGUAAGUACUGUGUAAAUACAAUAAAUAUCAAUGAUAGUUAUUUAGUUUAUUAUUAUUGUCCGCUCUAGAACGGGCAGGGCGAGGGUGGCAGUGCUUGGCAAACGCGAAGCGACAAUGGUAGUAUUUUGAUGGAACUGAUUUUUCUGGAGAUCUUUCCCCCACCUAAACCUUUUGAGCUUUGGAGGACGCCUUGUCUCUUGAUUGUUUAGAGGUUUGGGGUUAGAGAGAGAGUGAGCGCGCGACAGAGACAUGGCUGCUUUAGAUGUGGGCGGGUGGAUGUUUUUUGUUAUGGGGAGGUCGAGGGGUUGGCUCCAUGUUCUCUCUCUCCACUGGUGUGGCACUUGGAUUUGCUUUUCCUUUAUAAAAUGGACCCUCAGUCUAUUCACUAUGCAGGGCCAGUCACUCAAGUAAGUUGGGUCACACCACAACCAAUUACAUUGAGCAAAAAACUAAAUACCCAUGAAGAAUGUCAUUAUAAAGCAAUGGUUGUGUGUGUGCUUGAGAGAGAGAAAGCGAGAACCACUUUAUUCAGGAUGACAACACUAACAGCAAGCUGAGAUGUCAACAAAAGCUGCUAUGACACUCAACGCUCAAGUACAGCCUGACUUUCAAGCUCCACAAGCAGUGAAGAAGAAGUAAUCGGGUGAUUGCCACCGUGGUGCACAUUCACCAUCCUUUCCUUUCCCUUCUCUUGAGAGAGAAACUGGGUGUGCACAGGCAGACAGGGUAUAAAGAACCGCUUCCAAUCACCAGGUUUCACAAAGAGCUAGCUGUUCACCCCCCAACAGCCAUCCUUUUGCAUUUUUUUAACAUGGCAGGUCCACCACACUGGUCCAGAAGACGUGAGGAUACUUCUAGUGUCUCUGUGCUACUGCUGGUCAUGUAUGAAAGCACAGCUUUUCCUAGUUUGAAGUAUAGAAGGCAGUGAGCAACCAUUUACCAAUUCAGGGCUUUUUAGUCAAAUGAAGACAUUAGCUGUUAAAGUUGACCAUAUGAUUCAAUUGGUCCCACUGUGCUUAACAACAGAGUUUUGUUUGUGUGUGUGUCUGUCUGUCUGUGUGUGUGUGUGUGUUUUGUGGGGGUGAUUACUCAAUACUGAGUUGGUGUGUGUGUGUGUGUGUGUGUGUGUGCUUUUGUGGGGGUUAAAGUGGGUCAUCUACUGAUUUCAUAUUCAACUGUGUGCCAUGUCAAGAGGUGUGUAUAUAACAUUAUACAUAUGCAUAUAAAUAUAUAGAAAAAAGAGAGAUAUGACUUGUACAGAUGUAAUUGUAAAACUUGUGUGGUUGUCCAUUUUGGGCUGUAGUUAUUUUAGUUACUGUGUUGUCAUUUUUUUUGGUUUAUUUUUAAAGAUGAUUUUAUAAAUCAAUCUUAUGGAACUUUUUUUUUUUUUUUUGGAAACAUGUUGAAGCAUGGUAUGAUGUAUCAUAAAUGUUUUUUUCCAGUGUGCAAACAAGGAAGUGAUUGUAAAAAUCCUAUUUUAUUGAAGUGAAUUUAAAAGAG